AUGCCUCGCCGUGCAGCCUCUCCCGCUGCGUCGGAGACCGAAUUCGAUAUCACGAAUGCGCUGUUCCAAAACGACGACUCCGACAAUGAGAUCCCGAUUCGACCUCACCAGAACAAGCCAGCAUCUGCCUCUCAGGAUCUCGAUUUUCUCGGCGCCGACGAUGACGACGACGGCGAUGCGGCUUUCAUCGCGAGUCGGCAGGCAUCUGCCAACCGUAAAGGAUCGAACCUCAAAGGCCGUACGGUGAAGAAAGGUGGCGGUUUCCAAGCUAUGGGAUUGAGCAGCAAUCUGUUGAAAGCCAUUACCCGCAAAGGCUUCUCUGUGCCCACUCCCAUUCAGCGGAAGACCAUCCCCGUGAUUAUGGACGACAAGGAUGUGGUCGGUAUGGCGCGGACUGGUUCUGGCAAGACUGCCGCGUUCGUCAUUCCCAUGGUCCAAAAGUUAAAGCGCCACAACACCCAGUUCGGCGCUCGUGCUCUGAUUAUGUCGCCGUCGCGAGAACUGGCCUUGCAGACCAUGAAAGUAAUCAAGGAGAUGGGACGAGGAACAGAUCUUCGGGCUGUCCUUCUCGUUGGUGGAGACAGUCUGGAGGAACAGUUUGGAAUGAUGACUAGCAACCCUGAUAUCAUCAUCGCAACCCCCGGCCGAUUCCUGCAUCUGAAAGUGGAAAUGGACCUGGAUCUGUCUAGCAUCCGCUAUGUCGUCUUCGAUGAAGCUGAUCGGCUGUUCGAAAUGGGCUUCGCUGCGCAGUUGACCGAGAUUCUCCACGGACUCCCUCACACCCGGCAAACGCUUCUCUUCUCUGCGACUCUGCCUAAGUCGCUGGUGGAAUUUGCUCGUGCAGGCUUACAGGAGCCAAGUUUGGUGCGACUUGAUGCUGAGAGCAAAAUCUCUCCAGAUCUUCAGAACGCAUUCUUUGCGAUCAAGACGUCUGACAAAGAAGGUGCUUUGCUCUAUAUCUUGCACGAGGUCAUUCAAAUGCCUACCGGUGCUACAGAGCAAAGCCAACGCCGUCAGGAGGAGAAUGAGAAAGGGAAAGGAUUCAAUAAACGCAAGCGUCCGGAAAAGCAAAAGUCCAUCUACAAAGAAUCUCCCACCAAGCAUUCGACAAUUGUGUUCGCCGCGACCAAGCAUCAUGUCGACUACCUAUACGCUUUGCUGAUUGAGGCGGGAUUCGCAACGUCUUAUGCCUACGGUUCCCUGGAUCAAACGGCUCGCAAGAUCCAGGUUGAGAAUUUCAGACAAGGCUUAUCCAAUAUUUUGGUCGUCACAGACGUGGCCGCUAGAGGUAUCGACAUUCCCGUGCUGGCUAAUGUCAUCAACUACGAUUUCCCGUCGCAACCAAAAAUCUUUGUUCACCGUGUCGGGCGUACGGCUCGAGCUGGCCAGAAGGGAUGGAGUUACAGUUUGGUUCGGGACGCAGAUGUGCCGUACCUUCUUGAUCUUCAGCUGUUCCUUGGCCGACGACUGGUUCUAGGCCGCCAGUUUGGGGAUCAGGUCAACUUUGCCGAGGACGUUGUCACGGGAUGCGUCCCCCGGGAUGCGUUGUCCCGCAGCUGUGAAUGGGUGACUAAGGUUCUAGAUGAAGAUGCGGACAUUGCUACCCAGAGACAAGUUGCCCAGAAGGGUGAGAAGCUGUACAUGCGCACGCGCAAUGCUGCUUCACUGGAAAGUGCCAAGCGAGCCAAGCAGGUUGUCUCCUCAGAGGACUGGUCCACAAUUCAUCCGUUAUUCAAUGAUGCAGCGAACCAGAUGGAAGCCGAGCGUGAGAACAUGCUUGCCCGGAUCGGUGGCUACCGGCCACAGGAGACCAUUUUCGAGGCCAAUAACCGACGCAAUGGUAAAACCGAAGGCGAUGCCUCCAUUGAUACAAUCAAACGCAUCCGCAAGACUGUGGAUGCCAAAAAGAAGCGGGCACAGGCGAAUGAACAAUCCGAGUUGCUCGAGUCAGGGGAAGCCAAUGCGGCUGCGGAAAGCGGCUUUGACGAAGAGGACGAUGACGUUCCACAAGAAGCGGGUGACAACAUGUCGAUGGCAUCUGAUUCCGACCUUGAGGUCACCUUCUCCGCCUAUUCACAACCAACCACCAAGAAAAACGAUGUGUCUGCCACAUCGUUCCAAAACCCUGACUACUUUAUGGGAUAUACGCCUGCCAACCACAACAUGGCUGAAGACCGGGCCUACGGUGUUCACUCGGGCACAAAUCAGAACUUUACCCAGGCGUCUCGCAACGUAACUAUGGAUCUUACUGGAGACGAAGGUGCCAAGGGCUUCGGCGAGGCACGCUCCAUCAUGCGCUGGGACAAACGACACAAGAAGUACGUCGCUCGACAAAACGAUGAAGACGGCUCCAAGGGCGAGCGACUAGUCCGAGGUGAGAGCGGUGCCAAGAUCGCUGCCAGCUUCCGGAGCGGCCGCUUCCAAGCAUGGAAGAAGGGCAAGCGACUUGACCACAUCCCUCGCGUAGGUGAGGCUGAAACACCUGGGAUGGCGAACGGAUUCAAAUCCGGCUUCGGCGGUGGACGGCGAUUCCGGCAUCAAAAGGACCAGGCGCCUAAGCGGGCAGAUCCGCUCCGGGACGACUUCGAGAAAAUGAAGAAGAAAAAUGCGGCGGCCAAGGAGCGUAACUUUAGCAAACCGGGUGGUGCUGCAGCUGGUGGAAAGAGCGAGAUUCACUCGACUGAUGAUAUUCGCAAAGCACGCAAGCUCCAACAGAGGCGGCGCGAGAAGAAUGCCCGGCCAUCGAGGAAGCGGUGA